UAUUUGAUGCGCGGUUGGGUUGUGGCAAUGGCUCGAGCAUGCGCAGUUGAGGUGACGUCGCUUCGUUACGCGGUGAAGUCCCCUCGCUCGUCGAGUUCGUAACAUGCAUAUGUGGGGGAAGUACCAAAAGUGUGAUCGAUAACUAUGUUCAUGAGCAUGUGUGUUGCUGUGUACGAAAGUGUGUACAUAUUCUAACUGCAAGUUGAAACAGAAUUGCUUACUUCUCAUCAUUAUGGACUCUACUUCCAUUGUCAACAUUACAGAAGAAAUGAAAAUUGCUUUUUGUGCAGUGUCAAGUGAAAUUUCCUAAGAAACAAUUUUUUCUUUCAAUUGUGAUCGAUAUUUUUGUUCCAAGUGAAAUAUAUUGACAAAACUUCAUUUGAAAGUUUGAAUAAGAUAUACUGUUAAACAUACUGCUACAAGUAUGAGUAAGAGAAGCAAUGCUAAUCAUUUAACAACUGAUGUUGCUUAUGACACAGAUGAAGAUGGUAGGAAAUGUGAUAAUAAGGAAUUCGAUAUAACCACUGCCAUCAAAACAAGGAAGAUCUUAGCAUCAGAAAAAAAGUUAGAAAGUGGUGAAGUAUCAGCAUGAUGUUCCUGAAGGUAGAAUUUUUCACUAAAAGAGUUCAUGGCAGAUAUAAGUCCAGUUACAAGUCCCAAAUGAAAAUAAAUUAUUUAUCAAAUAUUCCAAAAAUUCGUCUACAUCACCAAAAAUUUCAUCUACAAGUAUUCAGAACAUUCAACUGGUAGCAUCAGCACUACCUGUAAAGAUAUUAUUGUAGUGACCGAAAGAGCUGUCGUCAAAAUUGUUGGUACCUGCACCAAAGUCUAUUUGCUCCGAUAAAAUCACUCUUAACAAUUUACCAGAGAAUGUUAUUGCUAACUCUAUUAAAGUAUUUGAUUCUAAUUUGUCAAUGGAAGAAAAGUUUUAUUAUUUAAAAGCAGCGAAGGUGCCCCAGAAUGUAGGCACUUCUGUGAAAGGAACUGAAGUGAUACUUGCUCAGAGUGAGGUUAAUACAUCUCAGUUAAAAUGUAUUCCUUCAAUUACUUCUGUCAUAAUCCAGUAUCUGCAAAACCAAGAGAAUUAAGAUGUUUACUAUCCGUCAAGGCAGCUCAAAAGAAUGUUGAAAAAAAGGUGAUGAUGAAAGAAGAGGGAACAUCAUUUCAAAACCUCGCAAAAAUCCUCUACACUACCUCAUAAAAUGAAAUUUACAUCUCGUGAAGUGCCUGUUGGAAACAAACUAGAACAUGCUCAUGCAGUUUGCGAUGAUUGUCAUAUUGAUUCAAAGAAGAAAGAAGUUCAAAUACAUAAGCCCAUAUCUACUUUUGUUCCCACAACAGUACAACGUCAAUCUUACGUCCUUUUACUAUGAUAACCCAAAAAAAAGAGAAGUAUUGUUGGAACGGGCUUCUAAAGUAUUCCAAAAGUUGGGUCUGGAAUAUUGCCAAACAUUCAUGAUGCAUCUAUUAACGGAGAGAAAUUACCUUGCAAUGAACCCAUUGAAAACAAAUAAUCAUAUUUUAAUAGAUACAUCUUCUCAAAAAUGAAUCUGCCUGAAGGCAAUGUAAGUGUUGUUGGUGAUCGAAUUUCUGAAUAAUGUCCCCCAUAAAUCGCGCCCGAGCUGAGAGUGGCUUGCAUGUUGAAAAUCAGUCGGUCAUGAAAGAGGGCAAAUUGAAAUUUGUGCCAGCAGAUUCUACAACACCCACUAUUGUUAAUGUUUGUAGUACCUCUGCACAUCAGAAAACUGGUAACCUCAGUUCAACUGAGCCCAAGUUUAUUGUUUGCCAGGAAAAUUUGGAUAAGGGACAUUUAGAUCCUUCUGUUAUUGGGCGUCAGUCACACAGCAGUUCUCUUAUUGACUCAAAUAAUAUUUAUGACAAUGAGAGUCAAAAUUCUAUUCAAAACAUUGUUAUUGUUAAUGCUCCACAAAAUGUGGCAAGUUGUAAUGCUGCAACAAUUCCUAAAGCAAAUAUUGAUGAAAUAAUGCGUAGGAGAAAAAUUGCCUUGAAGUUUCAACAAGAUAUGCAAAGAGCUAAAGAGAUGCCAAGAAUUGAAAAAACAUUAGUGUUACCGGCAAGAAAAGUAAGCAUUGUUGACAGUUCUACUCAGACUUCUCUGUUCUGCAUGCUGGAACCAGGACGAAUGGUGGAGAUGUUUUUGAAUGAUCACACAAAUGAUUCAAAAAUUACCAAACAGUGUGGCAAUCAAGAACCUCAUAUUGGAAUGAAGGAGACUAGUCAAUUUAUUUCAAAUGUCUCUGAGCACCAUAAAGCCAGUACUAACUGCCAAACAGCAGUAAAUGAUCAGAUAAAUCCACCACUUUCAAAACGAAUUCGCCUUAAUAACACUGAUACUGGAUCAGGAGCAGUAGAAGAAAGUAUCAAUUCGUAUAAUAGAAUAAUGAAUAAUGAUCCUUUGUUGACCUCCAGUAUGGAUUUUGAUGAUCUUAUUCCAUCCUUUGAAAGCUUAGGAAAAGAAAACAUAGAAUCAACCAAUAUCAACAUGCCAUCCAAAAAUUAUGAAACCUGUGAUCUUCAAAAUAAUAAUCUUAAUAAUAUUAAUAAUACUAAUAAUAUAAAUAACAUAUCAGUACCUCUAUCUUGCCUACAGUCAACACUGAAUAGAAAUGUUAAUUGUUUGGAAAAAAAUGCAGUAAAUAAAUUUGUUCAAAGUAAAGAAGGCAUUCAAACACUGCUCAAGGACUAUCGUGACAGCUUAAUUCCUGAUGAAGAUGGAAAUUUGCCUCUUCAUAAUGCUGUGAUGGACAGAGAUGUUAAGCAAGUGCAAAGACAGUGUCUGGUAUUGAGUGCACGGAAGCAAUCAGUGGAUGUUAAAAAUAAAAUGAAAGAGACUGCAUUGCAUUUGGCAGUGUUGUGUCAUGAUGUGGAAAUUACUAAAGUCUUAUUGAAAUUCAAAGCAAAACCUAAUAUACCAGAUAGCGAAGGCAAUACACCUGUACAUAUGGCUAUCAUAUGGGGUAAUAAUAUUGAAAUCUUGCAAGAAUUGUUGACAUAUGUAGAAGACAACAGUCCAACAUUGAAUAUGCCCAAUGAUGAAGGUUUUAGUCCUCUUCAUCUUUGUGCCCUUCAUAACAAACCUUCUGAAGCUGCAUUGCUUGUGAAGAAAAAUGUAGAGGUUAAUAUAAGAGACAGAAAAAGUGGUAGGACACCUUUGUUUCAUGCAGUAGAAAAUGGGAACUCUGAAAUAUCGCAAGUGCUUCUAAAUGCUGGUGCACAUACGCAUAUUCCCAACUUUUCAGGCCAAACUGCUCUGAACGCUAGUGAACUGACAUUUGUAUUGGACGAGUUAUCUAGAAAUGUAGAUCCUCCCAAAACCAUAAAACCUCAGGUUGUUCCGUGUGUGUGUCGAGAUAAGACCAAAGAAGAUAGAACAUCGAAUGUUUCCUUCAAUAGAAAUGUUUUGGUAUUAGAAAGGACUGAUAUUGAUGAAUUCAAUUCUAAUAAUGACCUAUGUAAUAUCAAUUUUAUAGACACUGUCUUGCAUAAUAGAUGACAGUCUAAGUGGAAGAAAGGUUAUUACUUAAAUUUAUCUAUUGUUAGCAAUGUUAGAGCAAAGAAUGAGACAAACAAAGCAUCCUUGAAACAAUGGUAUUAUUUAUAUAUUAGUUUAAAAAUUUUGUUCUUUUCUUAUUGAGGAUUAUGAUAACAUACAUGAUUACAUGUUUAUGAUAAAUUGUUAUUGGAAAAUUCUUAUUUUAAACUGCGUUUUGAAAUGAAUAAAUGUUGACAACUUGCUUUGCUUUGUCCAUUUUCUGAGAAUUCGUAAUGGAAUGCAAUGAUGAUUUCCUUCCCUGUAAGGUAUUCUGGGAAGGUAGAAUCUUUUAUAAGAUCGAAAGCAAUGAAUUUCUCAUAAUGAAACUAAUGAAUGAAUUCGCAGUUAAUAAAUGCAUUGAAUUUGAGCUUUAUUCCUUUAGAAUAUGUUGUAGUACUUGUCUAAAAUGUUGGUAUUAUGAUAAUAAAUUAUCAAAUAGUCGUGAAAUUAAUGAAAAUGUAAAAAAAUAAAUAGCCUCAAGAUUAUAAAGGGAUUGUGUAAGAAAAGAAUUACAGUGGAAUCUCGUUUGCAUGUUUUUCAAGGGAUCGAAAAUUUUGAACUUCUUAAGCAGGGAACUGAUAAUAAAAAAUGCUUUAGUUGUGAAUUUCACAUUUUUGUUCAGAACACUAAUAGGGAAUAGAAAUUAAUUUUCAAGAUAGAGAUUAAUUAUUUUGAAAAUAAGAACCAAUUAACUUUUAAACUGACAUGCACAGAAUACACAAACUAAAAAUAAAGGAAAUUAAUAGGUCAAGAAAAGUGUGAUUUUGGACUAUAAAAUGUAAAGAAACACUUUAUAGCACGAUAUAAGAACAAUAUACGUAGAUGAUGAAAGUACAGUAGAAUUCAUUUCACUGGUUGUAGGUUCUUAAACUAAUGGACAACAAUUACCCUUGGUACUUUUCUUCUCUGUAUUUGUUUCAAGUACCUCAAAAGUUUUAUGGAGACUUUGCUUCUAUAUAAAAAAUCCCUUAAAUCACUGUAUAUGUUACUGAUCUUUUAAUGACUGCUGUCAAGUUGGAUCAUAAAGCAUAAACAACUUGUUUUACAAAAUUGGAACCAGGACUUGAAAAUACAGAUGUGCAGUAUGGGAAAACAUGAUAACUGGGAUGUGCUAACAAGAUUCCACUGUAUGAAUAGCAGAAAGUAAUAAAGAACCUAAUUUAUCAGUGUUAAUUUAUUAAUUUUGUGUAAGUUGAAGAGUAUUUAAUGUAAUAAUAAGAAUUUGCUUGUUCUAGAACAUUACUUUUUCAUCUAAUUACAAUACACCUGAAUACUAAUAAUACCGUACUACAUUUUCAUUUCUAAAACUAUGCUUUCAUUGUGAAGCUGAUGUUUAGGUAUGAACAGCUUUUGCUGAAUAUGUAGGGAACCUUUUUGUGGCCCUUAAAAUUAAUAAAUAUUUAUUUUCAGAGUAUAUUUUUGUUUCUAUUCUCCAGUUCUCUUAGCUAUGUAUGUCUAUUAAGAAAUUAUGUCCAUUAAUAUGCGCAUGUAUUUAUAUCAAAUAAACAAGAGCAGGUAAAUAGCUGCAUGUAGCGCAUGGGGAGAAGUAAAAAA